AACUUGGAUAGGGAAUAAAAAAUUAUGUCGUUGUAAUCGCAUAAGGACAACGACAACGACAACGACGACGACGACGACACGUCGACGAUAAUAAUGGCCAUCCUCAGAGCAGGAACUUAGUAUCUCGAAGUUACGUGUAGUUUAUGCCAUCUACUUCUGCUAUAUGAGUCAGACUACGCACUUUAGGAACUAGGGAAGAAGAGAGAGAAGGACACGUAAAACAUGGCUGAAGCCGUUGUGGACGGGACUCCGGUGUCCCGUUUUUAUUGCCAUAAAUGCAUUGAUGAAAUUGAGUGUUUGCAACCCGAUUACACUUGUCCAAGAUGUUCAUGUGGAUUUAUAGAAGAAUUGGAGGUUGGAACCAACGACAAUGGUUCUGGGAUGGAUAUAAGCGGCGAAGACCUAAGUGAUAUUGAUAUUAUUGAUAUUCCAGGCUAUAAUCGUUACCCUACUGAUCGUGAUUUUGUAGAAAUGAUAUUGGAAUCUCCUACCCUCAAUAUGCAACCACGUGCAGGUAACAGAAGCAAUACGUUAGAAGGCAGAAGACGAGUUAGCUGGUCACGCAAUACACCAGAUACUCGUCGCUCUGGCAGGUACACUGCACUUCCUUCCCGCACUGGGCUUCUGCGCCAUCGCAAUCGUGGAAGGCAAGAAGCAAUACCUAUUGAAAAUUUUAUUCAAGACUUCAUACUUAACUUGUCAGGAGCUGGUCUAGGCCAUCCAGUAACACAAGAUGGACAACCACCUGUAUUCAAUAUUAGACUGUUCUUGGGAAACCCUGGAGAUUAUGUUUGGGGUCGGGAUGGAUUGGAUGCUAUUGUCACACAGUUAUUGAAUCAAAUGGAUGGAACUGGACCACCUCCUUUACCACAAAAACAAAUUGACGCUAUACCUAAGACAGCAGUAACACAAAGUCAAGUUGAUAGCAAAUUGCAAUGCUCCGUUUGCUGGGAAGACUUUAAAUUAGCUGAACCAGUUAGACAACUUCCAUGUCAACAUUUUUAUCAUACCCCUUGCAUCGUACCUUGGCUUGAACUUCAUGGAACAUGCCCGAUUUGCAGACAAAGUUUAGGUGAUCAAAGUACUGCAGAAGCAAAUCAAGAUACUGUUAGACCUAGUUUAGCUGCUCUCUUUAGGGCUGCUAACGAAUCUAACAGUAGCAGAUCAUCAUCCACUUCGUCAUCAACUGGAAGUACCUCCAAUAGUGAUUCUUCUAAUGAAAUGUGAGAUUAAUUAUUAAAUCUUGAUGUUUUCCUAUAAUGUAGAAAAAAAUAUCAUUUUCCGUACUACAAAACCACUUUAAACAUAAAUAACUUCGGCCAUGUUAAAAUUAUAUUAAACUCGUGUUUACAAAUUUUCCUAAUUUUGAGUGAAGAAAUUAAUUUAAAUUAUAAGUUAUAAUCUGGCAACAAUUUUUUGCAUCCCUUAAAAUUUGUCUGAAUAUAAGUUAAAGCAAACUUCUUAACAACUGAUGCACACAUAUACUAUAGUUUCUAUAAUGUAACAAUAGCAAAGUUAUAGCAUAUACUUUGAUAUGAUAAUGAAAAAUAUUUAAAGGUACGAUGAAAGAGUAAAGAUCAUGCAGUUUUUACAAGUGAGUCCAACACAGCUUGUAAGAAGUACGCUAUUGCUGAUUUAAUCGUAUGUACUAGUAAAUAUGUGAUAAAAUUUGUAUCAUAAUUGAGAUAUAGAAAAUUGAUUACACAAAAGAAAUAUAAUUAUCUCCAUUAAGUUUUCACUUUAUAGAAUUAUUAGUAAAACCACGUAGAACAUUAUAAUAAAAUCAAACAAUUUUCUUAUUUAAUGUGAAGAUUAAAGAGAAAAGCUUAAUUCAUUUUAUGUGCUUUUAUAGCCUUGAUUAUUAUAAUUUAAUUGUAAAGAAAAAUAUCGAAUUCAAUGCUUUUUGCGUGAGAACAGUCCAUAUGACAAUAUGAAUGAAGUAUUAUAUAAAAACGCUACAAUCUACUAGUUUCCAACAUAGAUCGUGUAAGAUUAAUCGGGACAUUUAAGUUUUUCUACACCAGAGGUAUCAGAGUUAUAAAAAAUAUUAAGUAAUUUACAAUAUACAGGAUGUUCCAUAAAUGCCAAUACUUUAAGAAGUAUAUAUAUAUUUAAAAAAGAGUAAAAAAUGUUAUGUCAAUAUAUGUCGAAUUUUUUUACCUUAAUCAUAACCAUGAAUAGGUGAAAACAUUCUAUGAUAUGUAAAAUUUCAUUAUUAAUAUAAUCGAUUUAAUUUCAGUUCAUUUCUAUUUGUAACAAUUUUAAAUGAAUUAAAUAUUGGUUAUAGUAGGAUAAGUAUGUGAAACUAUUUUCUCGAUUUCAGAACCUACUGAAUACCGCUUACGCUAUUCGCGAGAACAAAACACUGACUGCACAAAAUUUAGUAUGCUUUAUGUCGAUGAACAUUAUUAACAAACAUUAAAUAAGGUCAAGACUUAAUGCAUAAAACGUAUAACAGCUUUUAUCAAACCAGGACUUGUUUCUAACUUACAGAUGAUUUGAAAAAUAUUCUGUAAGUUAGAAACAAGUAUCGGGCAUUUUUUAUUUGUUAGUAUGUAAAUAUAUCCCCUAAAGUAUUAACAUGCAUUUAUGAAACUUCCUGUAUAUAUUUCAAUGAAAUAUGCCUAACUGUGCUUUACUGAAUAUUAGGCAUAAUAUAUACGACUCAGUUUCAUUAUAUAACAAGACUACAGAACGAUUGGUGUAGAAGGGUUAAUAAAGAAGAAGGUUACAAUCAUUCAUCUCUAAUAAUUACAUGCAAUCGUCACUUUCGUUGCAUAAAAAACAACGUUGGGGAAUAGUAGAGAGUAAAAGACAUACGAUAAAAUAAUUGCGCAAUACAAAGAUCAGGAAUUGCUUUGCCAGUAUUUGGAAUUAUAAUUUUAACUUAUAUAUAUAUAUAACGUCAUUAAGACAAACAAUUGCUAGUGAAACUUUUAUAAAAUGUGUAGUGUACAGUUACUAAGCAUUAUAUAUUAUUACACACUCUUACAACAUACGCGUAAGCGUAUAUACAUAUAUAUAUAUAUAUACACACCCACAUAUAUAUAUAUAUUUAUGAUAUUUAACAUAAUGUGGAUGCGUACUUAGAAGUUGUAUGUAAUUAAUAACAUAAAUGUCUAUAUUUAUAAUCAAAGUUAGUGUCAUGUGAUACAAAUUUGCAAACACUCAUUUUCAGCCUGCAUACAACGGUUACAGCCAUGUUUUUUUUCUCAAUAAUGAUGAAUAAAAUCAUUAAGUGUCCAAAAAAAAAAUCAAUGUUUUUGUAAUAAAAUCAAAGGAAAAGUAAAUAUUGUGCGUUUGUUUUAUAAGCUCGAUGUACAUCACAAAAUAUGAUUUCAUAAUUAAACUAUUAUUUCACAAUGUAAUCUUAUAUUAGAUAUGUGUUUGACAAAUUAGAAAAACGAAAUCAUUUAUAUAUGAUAGGUUUCCUCGACAAAAUUUUUAGAGAAAACCAAUUUUGUAAAAUCUUCAAAAAUAAAAUCGUGUUGUUUGAAUCCUUAUAAUAAUUGAUCAUUACUGGCAAAGCAAAAUAUUCAUUUGUUUAUAAGAACAAAAAUUACUGAAUCUGCAAUUUUUAGUUUUAAGGUCUCUUUAGAAUAUUUAUCGUUUUGCGAUUUGAUAAUGUUACAUACUUGAGAGUGAUUAUUAACGAUUUGAUUUGAAUAUACAUGCAUCGAUAGAUCGAUUUCAUGGAAAUACUAUAAGUAAUUUUGUAUGAGUGACAAGCAUUCAGAUUUCAUUCAGUUCUCUUUAUCUAUUGCUACGUGGAGAAUGUCAAAUAAUGACAUUAUUGUAUGUUCUGUUAUAACGAAAGAUAUAACGUUUUAGGUUUAAUUUUGUCAUCUAUAGUAAAAAGUUUCCUUGACUAUUUAUUUACUGUCAUUGCUUUAAAUAAAAAGAAAGAAAACACUAAAACAUUAAGGGAUAUCAAUUUGUAAAUGUAUGCGUUACUAAUGCUAGAUAAUUUUAUUUCAUAUAUAACUGAAUUACGUUUGCAAGAAUUCAUUAAGUAUAAAAAUUCUGCAUAUUUACUUAUUACACGACCAAUAGAUUGCUUUAUAGUUAAUGAUUCUGUAAAUUGUUAGAAUACAAAGAAAUGUUAUAUUUAUUCGUGAAUAAAAUAAAAGUAUAUUAGGAAAA